UGAAAUGCAUGCUGGGAUUGCCAGACAUGGUUCACUCUAAACACUGAUACACUAUAGUUGGUGACAGUAGCUAAUAUCCUUGUAAAGUGGAACAUUAUGUCUGAAAUUAAAAUGUAAUUGUCGAUUUAAUUAGAGGAAACAUGUGGAAUCGUUUCUCUCAUUUGCGAAAGAACAAGACAUUGAAGUAUGGCAUCCCUAUGCUGUUGCUGGUCGUGGGAGGUUCGUUUGGACUCAAGGAGUUCACACAGAUUCGAUACGAUGCCCAGAAAAUCCGUAAAAAGCUGGACCCAGCACUGGAGGCCAGAGUAAACUCCGAAAAACAGUCUGUGAUCCUCGAGGAGGAAUAUGAGAAACUUCGUGAGAAGAACCUGGACAGUUGGAAGAACAUUCGUGGCCCCCGGCCUUGGGAAGAUUCCAAAGAAUAUCAAGAAGAACAGAGAGCACGCCUGAACAAAGGAGAUUAAUCACACACACACAAAUGUCAUCCUCGAGACAGAAACGGGCUCUGUGGUUUAAGUACAUCCCUUCACACACAUGUACAUAUAGUCUGUAGGAUCUGGGAGUGAUGCGAAGCAAAGAUGAGCUUUGACUUUCACAUAUAUGGCCUUCUCUCUGGCUUCGUUGGAACUGUAACCCUUGUCUACUGUCCACACAAAAGAUUACAACUGUUUGGACCAUAGAGAAUCCAUAUGAGUGUAUGGGGGGGGAAAAAAUCAAGAUCUUCAAAUCACUGUGCUCUCUGUUUGAGAGUCAGUUUGUGUUUCAGAAAUGAGCAAACAUCAGUGCCUGUGAUCAGUCAACACAAAGCCCCACUCCUACAUCACCUGCAGAGCUGGGGGGUAUUCGCUGUACGUGGUUUAGUGACAAACCUGGAUAAGUUAACUCAGAGUAAGUGGUAAACCUAAUAGAAGAGCCCUCUGACAUUGUUUUGCUAGGAGAAUGAACCAAUCGGGGUUCUUUUAUUAGGAGGUUUACCACUUACUCUGAGUUAACUUAUCCAGGUUUGUCACUAAACCACGUACGACGAAUACCCCCCUGGUGUCAUUCAACAACUAACCUUGUUUGUGAGUGCAUUGUCAUACUCUUGUUUUAAUAAACAAAACAAAAAAAAGAGAAAAA